AUGAAGGAAAUUCGUGCAAGGUCAGCGUCAGCGCAUGAUGAAUUAGAUGAUUUUAAUCAUCCUACUCCACUUCACCCAGAUGUGCUCAAACACUUGAAACCAAUAUAUGAAGAAUUCUCGAAGGAGGAUUUAUUAACCAGGUGUCUAGGUGGACGCACACAGAAUUGCAAUGAGAGUUUCAAUUCAAUAGUUUGGCGCCUAAAUCCAAAGUAUCUAAAUUCCGGAGCAAAAAUUAUCGAAAUCUCCGCCUUUAUUACUGCUGGCAUUUUUAACGAGGGCUACUCAUCUGUAUUGAAGAUAAUGAAUGCAUUAAAUAUUUAUAUCGGGCAGCAAUGCAAAUUCUUUGUCGAUACGUAUGACGCGCAGCGCAUAACGAGACAGAAACGCCGCAGACAAAGCAGCAUAAAAGAAGCACGAAUCUCGCGUAGGAUGCACCAAAUGGAGCAAAAUGAAUUUUUUGAAGACACAGAAGGAUUAUCAAAUGAUCCUGAUAUAGCGGAUUAG